AUGGCCGGACCAUUUCGUGUAGAUCCAGUCCGUGGUUACCUGACUUUAACACAACCAUUGGACUACGAAUCGACACAGCGUUACGUCGUGGUAGUAAAUGCUGCAGAGGAGGAUACGGGUAGAGAGAAAAAAUUCACUGGAAAUCUGACAAUUUUUAUAGAAGUGCAGGAUGUUAAUGACAAUGCUCCGAUUUUUGAGAGACCGGAAUAUAUAGUGAGAAUUGAAGAAUCUGCAGCAAUUGACACAAAGUUAUUACAAGUGACUGCCGUCGACCUGGAUAGCGGAAACAAUGCUCGUCUUUCCUAUCGGCUGUCGGGCGUAGGCGGUGUGGCGAUCAAUGAUCAUCUAUCGGGUGGCCAAAUGUGCCCCUUUGAUGUGGGUGGUCAGGACGGAUGGUUGUACGUACGAGGGAGCUUGGACCGCGAAUCGAAGGACCGCUACGAGCUUAUCGUAGCCGCUACGGAUGCAGGGGUCGCUGGCAUGGCCCUCACGGCCACCACGAAGAUAGUUGUGAUAGUGACGGACAUCAACGAUAAUGAUCCGAGAUUCUCUUGGGAUUCAUAUGAAUUCGCGAUCGAAGAAAAUCAACGGCGUGGUACUAUUGUUGGUGUUGUGCAUGCUGUAGAUGCAGAUGUAGAUUCAAAUGCUGCUAUAAGUUAUAGCCUAAUACCAACGAAUACUAGCUUCCAAAUUCAUCCUACUACAGGUGAGAUAAGCACCCGGGAACCUCUGGAUCGCGAACGUUGUUCAACACAUGAACUGCACGUCGAAGCCCGCGACGGCGGUAUUCCCGCGCGGCUUGCCCGCGUUUCACUGCGUGUCCUUGUGACUGACACAAACGAUAACGCGCCAGAAAUCGUCGACCCGCCCGGUGAUUCUAUUGCCGUCAGGGAAGGUGCUUCAGCUUUUGCAUUGGAUGCUUUGUCGGGAGUUUUGCGUACAAAAACUGCUUUGGUUCGAGAAGUUCGUGCCAUGUACCGUCUUGCAAUUGCGGCCGCCGACCGAGGUAGACCGCCGCGGCGAACUGUGCGCUUGAUUAAUGUUGAAGUCUUGGAAAUGAAUGAUGAUAGACCGACAUUUUCAAGUUCCAGUCUUGUUUUCAAGGUUCGUGAAGAUACCGCUAUCGGUUAUGUAAUAGGGUCUGUGGGAAUUGCUGGUUCAUCAAUGUUUUCCUACAAUGAAGAUUUUGAGAACUCAAUCACUGAUGGUAGUCGAAUUAUCUACACCAUGACACCAUCUUCUAAUAAUGUGCCAUUCGAAAUCGAUCGCCUUAGCGGCUCUAUAAUUGUUGCUCGCCCGCUAGAUCGUGAAAUAAAUAUUGAACAUCGAUUUGAAGUUAGAGCUGUGGCCGACGGUGGAAGAAAUAGUAUUUUAGUAUCCGUGUUAGUUGAAUUACUGGAUGUCAAUGACAAUGCUCCAAAAUGGAGUUCUGACCUUCUCAAAAUAUCGAUAUCAGAAGAUGCCAAGUUGGGUUCCAAUAUUUUUAAUUACACGGCAAGCGAUGCGGAUGUAGGGAGAAACGGUGCCCUGAAAUACAAUCUCAAAAAGCAAUAUCCAAUUGAUGUAUUUGCAUUAGACUCUCUCACUGGCGCUUUGACGUUAACACAGUCUUUGGAUUAUGAAGCGAUUAAAGAAUAUAUUUUAGUUGUAGAAGCUAUAGAUCAAUCAAGUAAUAUUUCUGAAAGACUGAAAACUUCCGUCACAACAAAAGUUUCCAUAAAAGAUGUAAAUGAUAAUUCACCUUAUUUUGUGUGGCCGGAUACUUCUUUGAUCACAGUACGCGAUAUUGGUACUGCCGGAAGCGAAUUAUUCAGAGUCAAAGCGCAGGAUAAGGAUUCGAAAGAAAAUGGAAGGAUAACGUAUGCCAUAAAUGGGGGCGAUAUGCCUGAACUAUUUACUAUAGAUUCUGUAACUGGAGUUGUUAAACGCGCCAAUUCAGCUCCAUUGCCUGCUCAAGUUAGAAUAAUAUUAGUCGCAAGCGACAACGGUGUUCCGAAAAGGCUCAGUGAUGAGUUUGUUUUGACUUUGAGAUUUGUCGCGGAUGAUGAAACUAUUAUAACAAGUGCAGGAGGCCCACCUAAAUUUACAGAAGCAGUUUAUAGGGCCAGCUUACCAGAAGACGCACGUAGUGGAAGUUUUGUUGCACGAGUCACAGCAAAAGGAACGGUAUCAACUGUGGGUCCUUUGGAUCGCGAAACACGCUCUCUCCAUGUCAUUCCUAUUUAUGCACUUGAUAGUGGAAUUGGUGGAGCAGUGUUCGACAUUACCACUUUAUUAUUAACUGUAACGGAUAUUAAUGAUCAUGCUCCGAGAUUUACACAAGCUGCGUGCAGGCUCUUAGCCGUUCCAGAAAAUAGUGAUUUAGCUCCUAUAAGAACGAUGGUCGCUAUCGAUGAAGACGAGGGUCCAAAUGCUCAGAUCACGUACAGCAUUACAGCUGGCAACUCCGGGAAUAAAUUCAGCAUCGACCCUCACAGCGGAGUUCUAAGUGCUCGACCGUUAGACCGCGAAUCACAGUCAGUUUAUCAGCUUCUUAUAUCAGGUCAGGAUCGUGGAAGCCCAGUAUCUUUGCGUGGUUCAUGCAAUCUUACAGUAACUGUGCGAGAUCAGAAUGACAGCGAUCCGAUUUUCGAAAGGCCAAGAUACAUUGCCCGAAUUCGAGAGGACGCUGUUGCUGGAACUACGGUGUUAACAGUCAAAGCAACUGACGCAGAUGCUGGUGUAAAUGCUAAAGUAGUAUAUUCAUUAGCUAACGAGAGCCAGUGGUUAUUUGAUGUGGACGAAAAAAACGGGAGUGCACCAUCAGUUCGAUAUUCACUCGUUGUCGAUGAAAAUCAAGGCUGGUUUACAAUUGACCCUAAAUCCGGAGCUAUAACAAAGAGGCAAGUUUUAGAUGGAAAAACAAAAGAUUUGAUAAUAUUGACAGUGCAAACAGAAGGGACUCCCAAUACAGCAUACGCUCAGAUUAUUAUUAAGGUUGAUCCUGUACACAAGUGUGUGCCCCGGUUCCAGCAUGCGUCCGUGCGCAUAUCUGUCCCCGAGAACGCAGUCGUAUCUCCAGCAGUCCCUUUCUACGUAGCACAUGCCAUUACCCUUGAUCGACAAUGCUCUUCGAGGUAUAAACUGUCAUCUGCUAUGGCCGGACCAUUUCGUGUAGAUCCAGUUCGUGGUUACUUGACUUUAACACAACCAUUGGACUACGAAUCGACACAGCGUUACGUCGUGGUAGUAAAUGCUGCAGAGGAGGAUACGGGUAGAGAGAAAAAAUUGACUGGAAAUCUGACAAUUUUUAUAGAAGUGCAGGAUGUUAAUGACAAUGCUCCGAUUUUUGAGAGACCGGAAUAUAUAGUGAGAAUUGAAGAAUCUGCAGCAGUUGACACAAAGUUAUUACAAGUGACUGCCGUCGACCUGGAUAGCGGAAACAAUGCUCGUCUUUCCUAUCGGCUGUCGGGCGUAGGCGGUGUGGCGAUCAACGAUCAUCUAUCGGGUGGCCAAAUGUGCCCCUUCGACGUGGGGGGUCAGGACGGAUGGUUGUACGUACGAGGAAGCUUGGACCGCGAAUCGAAGGACCGCUACGAGCUUAUCGUAGCCGCUACGGACGCAGGGGUCGCGGGCAUGGCCCUCACGGCCACCACGAAGAUAGUUGUUAUAGUGACGGACAUCAACGAUAAUGAUCCGAGAUUCUCUUGGGAUUCAUAUGAAUUCGCGAUUGAAGAAAAUCAACGGCGUGGUACUAUCGUUGGUGUUGUGCAUGCUGUAGAUGCUGAUAUAGAUUCAAAUGCUGCUAUAAGUUAUAGCUUAAUACCAACGAAUACUAGCUUCCAAAUUCAUCCUACUACAGGUGAGAUAAGCACCCGGGAACCUCUGGAUCGCGAACGUUGUUCAACACAUGAACUGCACGUCGAAGCCCGCGACGGCGGUAUUCCCGCGCGGCUUGCCCGCGUUUCACUGCGUGUCCUUGUGACUGACACAAACGAUAACGCGCCAGAAAUCGUCGACCCGCCCGGUGAUUCUAUUGCCGUCAGGGAAGGCGGACAACCCGGAGCGGUAGUCGCGCGAUUGAGAGCGGUCGAUCGAGACAAUGGAGAGAAUGCUACUAUUGUUUAUAUUCUUGAAGAUGGCGAAGGUGCUUCAGCUUUUGCAUUGGAUGCUUUGUCGGGAGUUUUGCGUACAAAAACUGUUUUGGUUCGAGAAGUUCGCGCCAUGUACCGUCUUGCAAUUGCGGCCGCCGACCGAGGUAGACCGCCGCGGCGAACUGUGCGCUUGAUUAAUGUUGAGGUCUUGGAAAUGAAUGAUGAUAGACCGACAUUUUCAAGUUCCAGCCUUGUUUUCAAGGUUCGUGAAGAUACCGCUAUCGGUUAUGUAAUAGGGUCUGUGGGAAUUGCUGGUUCAUCAAUGUUUUCCUACAAUGAAGAUUUUGAGAACUCAAUCACUGAUGGUAGUCGAAUUAUCUACACCAUGACACCAUCUUCUAAUAAUGUGCCAUUCGAUAUCGAUCGCCUUAGCGGCUCUAUAAUUGUUGCUCGCCCGCUAGAUCGGGAAAUAAAUAUUGAACAUCGAUUUGAAGUUAGAGCUGUGGCCGACGGUGGAAGAAAUAGUAUUUUAGUAUCCGUGUUAGUCGAAUUACUGGAUAUCAAUGACAAUGCUCCAAAAUGGAGUUCUGACCUUCUCAAAAUAUCGAUAUCAGAAGAUGCCAAGUUGGGUUCCAAUAUUUUCAAUUACACGGCAAGCGAUGCGGAUGUAGGGAGAAACGGUGCCCUGAAAUAUAAUCUCAAAAAGCAAUAUCCAAUUGAUGUAUUUGCAUUAGACUCUCUCACUGGCGCUUUGACGUUAACACAGUCUUUGGAUUAUGAAGCGAUUAAAGAAUAUAUUUUAGUUGUAGAAGCUAUAGAUCAAUCAAGUAAUAUUUCUGAAAGACUGAAAACUUCCGUCACAACAAAAGUUUCCAUAAAAGAUGUAAAUGAUAAUUCACCUUAUUUUGUGUGGCCGGAUACUUCUUUGAUCACAGUACGCGAUAUUGGUACUGCCGGAAGCGAAUUAUUCAGAGUCAAAGCGCAGGAUAAGGAUUCGAAAGAAAAUGGAAGGAUAACGUAUGCCAUAAAUGGGGGAGAUAUGCCUGAACUAUUUACCAUAGAUUCUGUAACUGGAGUUGUUAAACGCGCCAAUUCAGCUCCAUUGCCUGCUCAAGUUAGAAUAAUAUUAGUCGCAAGCGACAACGGUGUUCCGAAAAGGCUCAGUGAUGAGUUUGUUUUGACUUUGAGAUUUGUCGCGGAUGAUGAAACUAUUAUAACAAGUGCAGGAGGCCCACCUAAAUUUACAGAAGCAGUUUAUAGGGCCAGCUUACCAGAAGACGCACGUAGUGGAAGUUUUGUUGCACGAGUCACAGCAAAAAGCGCAUCAAACUUAAAUCAAACAGUAUUCUAUUCAAUACCAUCGGGUUCAGCAAACAGCCUGUUUACUGUGGAUUCUCAAAAGGGAACGGUAUCAACUGUGGGUCCUUUGGAUCGCGAAACACGCUCUCUCCAUGUCAUUCCUAUUUAUGCACUUGAUAGUGGAAUUGGUGGAGCAGUGUUCGACAUUACCACUUUAUUAUUAACUGUAACGGAUAUUAAUGAUCAUGCUCCGAGAUUUACACAAGCUGCGUGCAGGCUCUUAGCCGUUCCAGAAAAUAGUGAUUUAGCUCCUAUCAGAACGAUGGUCGCUAUCGAUGAAGACGAAGGUCUAAAUGCUCAGAUCACGUACAGCAUUACAGCUGGUAACUCCGGGAAUAAAUUCAGCAUCGACCCUCACAGCGGUGUUCUAAGUGCUCGGCCGUUAGACCGCGAAUCACAGUCAGUUUAUCAGCUUCUUAUAUCAGGUCAGGAUCGUGGAAGCCCAGUGUCUUUGCGUGGUUCAUGCAAUCUUACAGUAACUGUGCGAGAUCAGAAUGACAGCGAUCCGAUUUUCGAAAGGCCAAGAUACAUUGCCCGAAUUCGAGAGGACGCUGUUGCUGGAACUACGGUGUUAACAGUCAAAGCAACUGACGCAGAUGCUGGUGUAAAUGCUAAAGUAGUAUAUUCAUUAGCUAACGAGAGCCAGUGGUUAUUUGAUGUGGACGAAAAAACGGGAGUCAUAACUACCACUGGGACAUUUGAUCGUGAAAUCAAAAACGAAUAUACGUUCCUAGUAGUUGCAACCGAUGGUGGCCGUUAUGACACUAGAUCCACGCGUGUUCCUAUUACUAUAAUCGUGGAAGAUGUCAAUGAUAAUAGACCAAAAUUUACAUCAUUUCCUUUUCACGCUCAGGUCAACCCAUUAACACCUCCCGGACAAACACUAAUGAGACUUACUGCAAUUGACGAUGACAUCGGCACGAAUUCUGAUAUUGUUUACACUCUGGAUGAAAGGACUCCUUCUAAGUUUCGUCUAGAUCCCAACACAGGUGCUUUGACUUCAUCACAAAGUUUGACUGGCGAUUCCGGGCGAAUGCUACAUUUGAAAAUAAUAGCUGCAGAUAAAGGCAAUCCUCCACUCUCAGUAAGUGGCUUAAUAGAAUUACAAAUAGGAGAGGAACAACCUGGAGCAUCUCGAUUAAGUUUCUUGAACUCAACUUACAUUGCCUCACUGACAGAAAAUGCACUCAGUGGUACAGAAAUAGCACGGGUAACCGCAGUUCGUAGUGAUGGUCGUAGACAAAAAAUUAUUUAUAGUUUUGGUACAGGAAAUGAAGAUGAAGUUUUUGCCAUCAAUUCUAGCACUGGAUUAAUAACGGUAAAAAACAGCGCGGCUUUGGAUUAUGAACUAAAGAAAGAACUGCUAGUAAAUUUAGUAGCCCAAACUGAAGGAUCUUCAGGUCUUUAUGGUUACAGUAUUCUGAAAGUUACAUUAUCAGACAAGAAUGAUAAUACACCCAGAUUUACUCAACGAAAAUAUACCUCAUAUGUCUGGGAAGGAAACAAUAAGGGUACGUUUGUUACUCAGCUUUCGGCUUAUGAUUCGGAUGAGGGAACCAAUUCUAGGCUAACAUAUCACAUAGUCGAUGGCAAUCACGAUGACGCAUUCGCGAUUGAGCCGCCAUUCAGUGGUCUUCUUAAAACAAAUAUAGUACUCGACAGAGAAAUUCGAGAUUCUUAUAUAUUGACCGUUAUUGCUGUAGACGGAGGAUCUCCGCAGCUGACCGGAACGGCUACCGUAAAAAUUGGCAUUGUAGAUGUGAAUGACAAUCAGCCGACCUUUCCACCACAAAACGCCGUUGAAGUAUCAGAAGAUCUCGAAAUCGGUUCGGUAGUUACAACUUUAACAGCAAAUGAUGUUGACACAAAUCCAGUGCUGACCUACCAUCUGUUGUGUGUGAGCGAGUCGUUGCCAGCUCUGACAUCGACAACUGCAUCAGGAAUUCGUCCACAAGUUUGUUCACAUGCUGAUAGCAGCGAUCCAGUUUUUGGGGUAGAUCGCUUCAACGGCGCUGUAACGCUUUUGCGACCGUUAGACCGUGAGGUCAGAUCGCAUUAUGAGUUGGCAGUUCGCGUAAGCGACGCAGCCCACGAAGCGGUUGCAAAACUAACGGUUAAAGUGACGGAUGCUAAUGAUAACGAACCUGUGUUCCAGAGACCGGCAUACAGAACAACAUUAAUAAGACGAGAUAUAGCGGACAAUGAAGGUUUUUCAAAUGCUCAAGAAAUAGAAUUAUUCACUAUAAAUGCUACCGAUGCUGAUAUUGACAGUAAUGGUAAAAUUCAUUAUUCCAUGCUUCAUCAAGUCGACGGCUUUCGCAUAGAUGCCGAUUCUGGUUCAAUUUUUUCUAAUAUUAGUACCAUAACAACUUACCAUUCUGAUCGCUCUAUAUCAUUGGCGGUCGUCGCACAGGAUAACGGAGUACCUCGAUUAUCGAGCGUCACUGCUGUCUUGAUCCAAAUACCUGCUGGGCGCGUAAUAGUAUCGCAUGAACUCAAGAUAACUGUACCUGAAAAUUCGCCUAUAGGGUACCAAGUAUCUUUAUCAAAUAAUAAUCGAUACACAAUGAACGACAUUAGCGAAGUCUUUGCUUUAUGCGAUGAUAAAUUAGUUGUAAUAGGCUAUCUCGACCGCGAAACGCAGGCUGUUUAUGAUAUAGAACUGACAUCAUCAGGCAAUGAAAAUAAUCCAGUCGUUUUACAUGUGGAAGUAGCUGACUUAAAUGACAAUCCACCAGAGUUUGAACGCGACGAAUAUGAAGUUGUGGUUUCUGAAAGUGAAGCAAUUGGCACGUCUAUCAUUACAAUGUCUGCUAAGGAUAAAGAUGCGAUUGGAAAAAAUUCUGAUGUUACUUAUGAUAUAUUAUCAGGGAAUGAUUUAAAUCUAUUUCGUAUUAACUCGACUACAGGAGCCGUAUAUAUUCAAAACACUCUUGAUUAUGAUAUUAAUACAAAAGGAAAUAAAAUUGUCGCAUUUUAUAAUCUAAUUAUUCGAGCAUGUGAUAGCGGUGAACCAACUUAUUUAUGUUCUAUUACUUCACUAAAUGUCGGUUUGAAAGAUGAAAACGAUAAUUCUCCAAAAUUUCCGGUAGCCGAAUACAUAGAAUUUGUAGCGGAAAACGAGCCUAGCAACACUUUUAUAUUCACUGCCAGAGCAAAUGAUGCCGAUAAGGGUCGUUUUGGUGAGAUAGAAUAUAGCAUGUCUCCAGCUUCCGAUACCGAAGAGCUGCGUUCACUAUUCAGAGUUGAUUCGCGUAGUGGGCGUGUCACAACAGCGGGCAUCUUGGAUUAUGAAUUGAGUCAUAGCUACACUUUUUCCUUGCGCGCAACGGAUGCUGGCGGCCUUUAUUCCAAUGUCAGAGUACGAGUUCUCGUCGAAAGUCGAGAUGAAUUUCCUCCUCAAUUCACCCAACGCAACUACCGAUUUAGCUUGUCUGAUGCUCGCAUCGAUGUGGCAGACGUUGUCGGUAGAGUUACGGCUACAGACAGAGAUAAGGGCGUAGACGGGCGUGUCGUGUACCAACUUGCAAGUCAGCACGCAUGUUUCAAAAUCAAUCGCACUACUGGAGAAUUGAUAGUGAAACGAAAACUGCACGAUAUCACUUUACAUGAUGAUGUGAGGCUCGUGGUCACUGCCAGUUCUGGCAAGGCCGGUUCCUUAACUGAUACUGCGCUUGUCGAAAUUUCAUUAGAUGCUGCAGCAUCCGGCACAAAUUUAGCUAGCCGUGGAAGCGAGGGCGGCUUGGCGGGAUGGGCGGUGGCUCUACUGAUAGCUUUAGUCACACUGGGAUUUGCACUUGGUGCUGUUGUAUUAUUUUUGCAUGUAAGAGGUAAACGCUCGAAACAUGUCGGUCUAGGCAUGAAACCUGGUCUUGAUCCAGGAGAUGAUUAUGCAGAUCCUGUCACUUUUGAUACAAUGCGCAACGUAACGAGUUCGGUUCCGGCUGCUUCAGGCCAAUUUGCUCCUCCAAAAUAUGAUGAAAUUCCACCAUACGCUAUUGCGACUGAUGAAGCUGGUGUAGCAGUAUCAUCUGUGCUAUCAGGAUCGGACCAAUCUGGCUCAAGCGGCCGUGGUUCAGCUGAAGAAGAAGGAGAAGACGAAGAAAUUCGCAUGAUAAAUGAAGGAUCCCAAGAUGCUGAUGCUAUAUCUGAUGCAUCUGUGCAUAACACACAAGAAUAUUUAGCUAGGCUAGGAAUCGUUGAAAAUGCUGCAUCUGGACCUGGUUCUACAUCAUCCGUUAGCAAAGAGUCUGCAUUGCGGUUGUACGAUGAAGGCCCAAAUACCGUAGAACCGGAUAUAGCUAAUUUGAUCUAUGCAAAACUGAACGAGGUUGCAACAGGUUCUGAAGAUGGAUAUGGCGAGCAUGGAAAACCGAGAUCUAUGCGUGAACAAGGGCCGUCUAUGAACGGUUCAUUAAGUUCUAUCGUUCAUAGUGAAGAGGAGUUGACUGGCAGUUACAAUUGGGACUAUUUAUUAGAUUGGGGACCACAAUAUCAACCUUUGGCGCAUGUUUUCUCGGAAAUAGCAAGGUUGAAAGAUGAUACCGCAUCUGUUCAUAGCGGUAGCAGUUCCAUGAAAAGUAAAACGCAGUCUUUAAAAAGUGUGCCUCCUCCUUUACUAACAGCAAUAGCUCCUAGAAGUGUACCAGUAACUAUGUUAACAAACAAUAAAAAUUUAUCGCAAUACCAUACACCUCGGUCACCGAUUUCUCAUGAUGUGAGUACAAAUGGUUUUUGUUCGUCGGCCGCAAUGUCGCCUAGUUUCUCGCCCUCGUUGUCACCAUUGGCGGGCACCAGGUCGCCUUCAAUAUCUCCAUUGGUGGCUCCCAGGUUACCGCCGUCACACCGUGGAAUGUCAAUACCUAGACAAGUUCCGAGAAAACCAGUAUUAGACACCGAAUUGAGGAUAUGA